AAAAAAAAAGAAGAAAUCCAUCACUCGCGGUUCUGAUUUUUCGUUUCGGCUGGUGCUUGGAAGAAGAAAGAACGGGAAAAGUUUUUCUUGUUUUUGCCUUAUCCGGCUAAUAAUAUUCGCAUCGGAUUGUUUAAUCCGUUGAAUUUCCUGUCCGCCCAGUUAGGUUCCCGGUGUAAAAAGAAACCACUUCGAAAAUGGCCGCGAUUUCCACAACCGAGAAGCCGCAUAUGCAGCAAAUCGAUCUCAACACACUUAACCUGCAGCAGCUGACACAGCUGAAGAACCAACUGGAUCAGGAGCUGACCGUUUUUCAGGAAUCUUUGCAAACACUGAAGAUGGCUCGCGUAAAAUAUUCCGGCUCGAAGGAAGCUCUGGAGCAAUUCAAGCCCGACUGGAACGAGAAGCAGAUUUUGGUCCCGCUGACGGGGAGCAUGUACGUUCCGGGAACUAUCAAGGACGCAGACAAUGUGAUUAUAGAUAUCGGAACCGGAUACUAUGUGGAGAACGACCUGGACAGUGCUAAAAACUUCUUCAAGCGGCGGGUAGAUUUUGUACAGGAACAGAUGGAAAAGAUCGAAGUGUUGGGCAUGGAAAAAUCGAAAAUUCGGGACGCAAUUCGCGAGGUGAUGGAAAUCAAGCUGCUACAGUUCGAGAAGGAAUUACAGAAAAAGCGGGAAGGAGCCACCGAAUAAUUAUGCUUAAGGAUUUGCCGAGCUUUAAACUAAGACGUCUCAUUGCUUUCUCCAACGCGAAACCGAAAUAGUGUCUAAAUCAUCCGUUUCGAAUCAUCAUCGUUGCAAUUAAAUAUUAUUUAUCUUUUACAACAGUGCGAUUGAAUCGAGUUGUCUUACGCAGUCGUUUAACUAUUUUUGAUUACAACAUUCGCUAUCUCCAAAAUAUCCUGCUAUCAAAUAAUUUGUUCGUUUUCAACAGGGAAUAAAAUGUGCAUUUAACCGACUGGCACAAGUUA